AUGAAUAAUGAUAGCUUCCAACUCAAAAGAUCCAAAGUUUCGCUCAAAAAUUUGACCAAACUACAAAAAUCAGAUCGAUGAAAGGAUGCCCCAAUUCACCCCAGAAAGUCUCGAAGAUGAACUGCUGAAACACCUGAUCAAAUUAUUCCAGGCAAAUCAAACAGAUUGGAAAUCCCCAAGCUUCCAAACAUAAAUUCCCAUACCCCUGAUAAAAGAAAAACCCGUAAAAACUUCUGAACUCCCUCCCCUGAAAUGUCAUCACAAGAAACUCAAACCAUGUCAGAUGAAGAAAUUGAAUACUUCCAGCCUGUCUCUGAAAUUCAAAUAAAAACAAGCUCUUCUCCAAAGCCAUCAAGUUCUUCUGAAGAUUUAAAGCCAGCCAACAGUGUAUAUAAAAAUUUACGGCAAAUUGAAAUCAAAACAAGAGAAAGGCUACAAAAAGUUUUAAAGAGAAACACAAAUUCUCAAGGGAAUUUUGACUCAUGCAGACAGCCAGUAUUUCUGGAUCCUGUAGAAAAGAGUGAUGGGCCUUUUCCAGUAUUUAAAUCACCUAAAAAAGUGGUUGUAAUUCCAAGAGCUGUAUAUUCGUUUAAGCAGCACGAUUCACCGAAAAAAAUAUCAGAAAACUCUAAAACACCGAAAAUAUUAAAUGCUCAAAUGAUAGCGUUUGAUAAUAUUUUGCCUCAAAGGCAGCGUUCUCUGAAGAGGUUCGAUCAUACGCGGCAUAGCUCGCUAUUUCGGGAACCGAAUAUUAGCCUAGGUAUCAGGGCUCGGCAUCUACUAUAG